UGUCCCUGCUGUGUCCCUACAGUGUCCCCGCAGUGUCCCCAAAGUGUCUCUGCUGUGUCCAUGCUGUGUCCCUGCUGUGUCCCUGCUGUGUCCCCCAAAGUGUCCCCAAAUGUCCCCGCAGUGUCCCCAAAGUGUCUCUGCUGUGUCCAUGCUGUGUCCCUGCUGUGUCCCUGCUGUGUCCCCCAAAGUGUCCCCAAAGUGUCCCUGCUGUGUCCCUGCUCUGUCCCCACAGUGUCUCUAUUGUGUCCCUGCUGUGGCCCUGCUGUGUCCCUUUUUCGUCCUCACAGUGUCCCUGCUGUGUCCCUGCUGUGUCCCCACAGUGUCCCAGCUGUGUUCCCACAUGUCCCUGCUGUGUCCCUACUGUGUCCCCACAGUGUCCCCGCAGUGUCCCUACUGUGUCCCCACAAUGUCCCUGCUGUGUCCCCAAAUGUCCCCGCAGUGUCCCUACUGUGUCCCCACAAUGUCCCUGCUGUGUCCCCAAAGUGUCCCUGCUGUGUCCCCACUGUGUCCCUGCAGUGUCCCCACAGUAACGCUGCUGUGUCCCUACAUGUCCCCACAGUGUUCCUGCUAUGUCCCUGCUCUGUCCCCACAGUGUCUCUAUUGUGUCCCUGCUGUGGCCCUGCUGUGUCCCUUAUGUGUCCCCACAGUGUCCCUGCUGUGUCCCUACUGUGUCCCUGCAGUGUCCCCACA